UGGAAACCGGGAAAUAAUAAGUGACAAGGCGACGAAAAAAAAGUGUAUAGUGGACAAUUUAAGAGGAAUUACUAACUGUUUAUGCAUUUAUUUAUUGUUUGCAAUGGUGGCCAUCACUUAUGCUUAGUAUCACAUUAAGGAUCUUCGGGAAUGAUUUCUAUUAAUGCCACGUAAAGCCAUAAAGACAGAGAAGCCUCCCCUGCUGUUCCUGGAGCGGACUUUGUGUGGAGCCAGACUCCAAAAUGUGCCUGAAGUCCGAGCAGCGCUCAACCCUAAAGAGUUCUUCACCGAGACACAAGCACACAACAGCUCAGCUCUUCAUUCCUGGGUCAGCCCACAGUUCGACGGUUCACUUGCAGCUGCACCUCCAGUGAGACGAGGGAGGAGAAAAUGCCACUCGUCCACAAGCAUCCUCGACAGCUGCAGCCAGCUGUCCAGGAAAAACAGUGUGUGCAAAUUCCCCUCAUUAACAUUUCAGACAAGGUCAAGAGACCAGGCUAAUCAAGCAAAAGGUACACGCGCCAAGAAAGCUACAGAGUGUACUGUUGUGUCUGACGCAGGAAAUCAACCACGGGGAUCAUGCCGAAUCAAAAGGACGGUUUCAAGUGCACAGUACUCAGACACACCGAAGAGACAGACGACCUCAAUCAGAAAAAGAAAUGUGGAGAGAUUUUCGUACGCUGCUGCAUCCUCCAGCAGACAUUUGGACCAACUUGAAACUCCAUCUAUUCAAGUCACAGAGAGAUGCAGAAUCCCAGCAGAUGGUGCUUCAACACCUGCCUCCAAUGAGUUCAUCACUUCUGAGGUCAGCGGUGUUGGUCCACCGCCUGAUGUGGACACUCCAGAAGUAAUACAAGAAGGGAGAAGUUGUCCCUCCUCAGCCCCUCUACACUUGCUUGUGCCUCAGUCAUGUACACCACCAUGUAAUCAGCCACCUGACAUUUUGGUGUCUGACACACCAGAGAGGGAUUAUGGGGUGAAGGUGACAUGGAGGAGGAGGAGGGGUUUGAUGUUGUUGAUGAAAGAGCGGGGCCAUCUCUCUGAUUCAGAUGUGUUCACUCGCAGCUGAUGUAUGGAGCUGAUGAGAAAACAAUGAGGCACUGAUAUCUACAGAGAAGAGAUACUGAUACUGCAGUUCACUGAUGGUUUACUUUGAUUUAACCUCACAAUAACAAGCCGAGCAUUUUAUGAAAUAACUCUCUCACACCCACGCUCUCUGCACAGCCCUGGUAGUUGUGAUUGUAAGAAUCAAAUCAGAUCAAAUAAUGAAUAAAUCGAAAUUGCAAUAAUUACUUCAAUACCCAAAUAGCAAGCUUUUUCCGUAUGUGAUCAUUUGUAUAGACAGAUCCCAAUUAUACUGUACUGUUGCAGAUUAUGUUGCAAAUCAGAGUCCUUAUAUUGAAACCCAAUCCUGGCAUCUAGCAACACAAGUCCAUUGUCUGUUUUUCUUAUGCUUCAGCUUUUAAAAGGCACAUAUAUGAGAAAAAGGUUGCCUCCAUAUGAACUGUAACUGAUAUUACAUUGCCAAUAUCCAUUAAACGCUGUAUUAUUUUGCCAGUG